UCAUUCAAUGACAAUUCGCUUGACAGUUCAACCUUCAAACUGAUGUUUAUAAGAACUCUAGAGACUGAAUAUUUAAACGAAAAGAAAAAUAAUAUUUUUGAUUUAAUUAAGUAUGGAACAAUCUCAAUUUGCUCUGUCAUGGGACGAGCAUGUCCAGAAUAUUUGUAACGGAUUAAGUUUGCUGCAACAGAAUGGUGAAUUUGUUGAUAUGACAUUAGCAGCCGACGGGCAUCACGUUAAAGUGCACCAAGUUAUAAUGGCUCUAAGUAGUCCUUUUUUGAAAGAUUUAAUAUCCACAGCUCAAUGUCCUCAUCCUGUAAUAUUUUUAAGUAAAAUAUCCCAUACUACAUUGUCAGCAUUGCUUGAGUAUAUGUACACAGGAGAGGUUUUGGUGGCUAUAGAGGAUCUAAAUGAGCUUAUAGAUGCAGCUAAAGAGCUGCAUAUUAAGGGUUUACAAGAGAUGAAUUUGUCCCAAGCUCUAACAAGUGACCAACAAAAAUCACCAGAAGUGUUCUCUACACAAAUAGAAAGCCUAGAAGCAGAGGAGGAUAUUUGUUACUUUGAAAUUUCAAAUCAGAAUGAUGAACUAAGUAAAAUUGACUUAGAACGAAACAGCUGCAGCCUGAUAGAGAACGAUGUACAAGUGAUGGACGAUAAUAUAGACGAUUUGUAUGAAAUUGAUGUCACAGAUGAAAAAGACAAUGUCACUACAGAAAUGGUUCCUAAUUAUACAAAUAUUGAUAGCUUACCUAGUAAUCAAGAUCCAACAAACCUCAGCACACUACAAUACACAGUAUCCAAUCAGGGCUCACUGCAGAUGAUCCUAAAUAGGUUUAUAUAUUACUUGAAGCACACGAAUCGUGACAUGUCCCGGCAGUGGAGAUGCGUGGAGUACCUUAACAAUUGCAAGUGUCCCGCGUACGUCUUCACCAAAGACGAUGUUGUUGUACAAAGGAUAUCAGCCCACAAUCAUCCAUUCCACGACCAAAAGAUAUUGAAGAAAGUAAAAGCGGGCGCCAUUUUUACAGCAAUAAACGACGCGGAGAACGAAGGAACGAUCAUGAAAAGCAGACUGGAAGAACAACACGAAACCGAAUAAAUGACGUGUUUAAAAU